AUGCUUCAAGCGCUGAAACAACGUGCUUCGAAAAUUUUGACCUUCGUGACCUCUUUCAAGGAUGGAGAAGAUCUGUUGCAACUUGAAAUCCGCAAACAGGGUCUUGACGAAAUGCGUGAAUCUUUUUUCGAGACCGAGACCAAACUUUACGGCCUAGUCAAGGACGAUGAAGUUUCGGUUAUCGAAACGGCAGGUGAAGAAUAUUACGAUCUGUUAAAUACAAAGGCCUCUCUCGACACCAGUGUUUCUCAAAGGCCCUUACCUGAUUCUUCUAUCAAACUUCCGGAAAUUACGUUGCCACAUUUCAGUGGACAUUACGAGCAGUGGAUCUAUUUCCGGAGUCAGUUCAACCUGCUGGUCCGGCGAAACGAAUCCCUCAACGAUCAACAACGUCUGCACUAUCUUCGAUCGUGUCUUACUGGUGAAGCAGCGGCCAUCGAAACCCCGGAAGAAUCCUUCUCAUCAUUGUGGAAGGCUCUCGAGUCACGGUACGAAAAUCGUCGGUGGCUGGUCGAUCGCCAUCUUGCUGAAAUCUUCCAGCUGAAGCCCAUCCUAAAUGAAUCCUCUUUUGCUCUUCGUGAACUGGUGAACAUCGUGCAGAAAAAUCUCCGGGCCUUGUUGUCGUUGAAGCUCAAUCUCGAUUCACUUUCGGAGUCAAUGGUGGUCUACGUCGUCGCAUCUCGUCUUGAUAAGCAAACUCAUAAGGACUUCAAAUCCCAAAUCGUCGGUACAAAUCUGGUCAAAUGGCAGGAAAUGGUCGACUUUCUGCAAAAUCGUUGUCGCGUUUUGGAAAAUUUGGAACAGGAUUACAAACCAUCGUCUCGACCCAACAUUAAACCUAUCGGCAUCAAGCAACAACCGAAGGUUUUGGUCAGUUCAAGUGAAGAUGAUUCGAAGAAGAGCGCAUCGAAAAACAACUGCAAUUCGAAGGUUUGUGGUAGCAACAACGAACAACAAGCUGAACCUGAGGCUGGUCCAAGCCGUGUCGGAUUGUGUGUUACCAGAAUCAUCGACUCCAAUCAGCCAAGUUCUCCAGUCUCGAUGGAAGCGCCCGGACCAGAGGCGUUUCAUAUUCCGAGAGGAGAGUCAAGCUCGAAAACGAUGUCUAAAAGGGUUCAACUUCUCGUAUCCAACGAUCAAGCGUUGUUGCAUACAGCUAUCGUGUACAUUCGUGGUGGGAAUGGUGAGCUUCAACAGUGUCGAGCAGUAUUGGACUCCUGCGCGAUGUCUACGUUCAUGACUACGGCCUGUGCGCAGAAGUUACGUCUCAAAACCUUCUCUUCAAAUGUCUCGGUUGUUGGGUUCGGAGGAGCAGGAAGGAAGAUUGGAGAAUCUGUCGUUGCACAUGUGAGGUCGAAAACAUCUUUCUUCAAUUCGAUCUCUGAAUUUCUCGUUACUCCCAUCAUAACAACCAAACUUCCGCUACAAUCCUUCAGCAUAAGCAAUUGGAAAAUUCCAGAGUGGAUUGAUCUUGCCGACCCUCUCUUUAACCAUACGGCCAAGGUGGAAAUUCUGUUUGGCAUCUUGGAUUGGGACAAAAUGAUGUUGAGUCGCACCUACAAACUUUCGGAUGGUCAACCAACUUUUCGUCAAACCGUAUUCGGCUGGGUUGCUGGAGGUCCUGUAACCGAAAGGAACAACUACCCCAUCGUGCAAGCGCUUCCGGUAACCAACGAGCAGUUAAACGAACAACUCGUUAAAUUCUGGCAGCUGGAGAGCUAUGGUCAAGAACGAAUCUACUCUACCGACGAACAACAGGCUGAAGAUCACUUCAUGUCGACACAUCAUCGUGACGAAUCUGGUCGUUACGUUCUCGCUCUGCCAUUCAAGGACAUCGACACGGAACUGGGGGAUUCUAGUCACAUGGCUCAUCGAAGAUUUCUCCUCCUCGAAAAGAGAUUGAUGAAGGAUCAACACUUGUACUCAGAAUACCGAAAGUUCAUGCAAGAGUACAUAGACUUGGGACAUAUGGAAAAGGUCAGCACAUUCGAUCCUCUCGAGCCUCCAAAGGAAACGUGCUAUUUCAUCCCACAUCAUGCCGUUCAAAGACCGGAAAGUAGUACGACGAAGGUUCGAGUAGUUUUCGAUGCGUCGGCGAAAAGUAGCAAUGGAUUAUCGUUAAAUGAUCUUCUAUUAGUGGGUCCAACCCUUCAGCCCCAUUUAGUUGACAUUCUUCUUGGUUUUCGAGUCCACAAGGUCGUCGCAACAACAGAUGUUUCGAAAAUGUUCCGGCAAAUGCUUGUUCGGAAGAAAAAUCGUCGAUUCUUGUACAUUCUGUGGAGAUCCAGUCCCGAGGAUGAAAUUUGCAUCUUUCAACUUGCUACUGUGACGUACGGCACAGCUUGCGCACCCUACCAAGCCACUCGUACGUUGUUCCAAAUAUGUGCCGACGAAGCAGGAAAAUUUCCAUUAGCUGCAGAAUUUGGGAAAAAGUCUGUGUAUGUCGACGAUGCAUUGUUUGGUGCCGAGACAGUGAAGCAAGUUUUGGAGAUGAGGAGACAGUUCGAAGGCAUGCUGGCAACGGCCGGAUUCGACUUGCACAAGUGGUGUUCGAACCGUGAAGAAGUAUUGGCGGAUCUUCCUACCGAAAAACUGGAACAGAAGGUGCUGUUCAGUGAAGAAGGGCCGUUCAGCGAAGGAGUUCCCACAAAGCGGAAGGUACUGUCCGACAUUUCGAAAUUAUUCGAUCCGCUUGGUCUCGCCGGGCCAGUACUGCAGGAACUAUGGAAACAGAAGCAAAACUGGGAUGAAGCGUUGCAUCCAGAACAAGAACAGCUAUGGAACGAGUAUCGACGUCAACUUCACAGGAUCGAAACUGCCAGGAUCAGUCGCUGUGUGCUUCCUCUCGAGAAUACGAACUGUGUCGAACUAUUGGGCUUUAGCGAUGCCUCCAAUAAGGGCUAUGGGGCUUAUUUGAUAUCACGCGGAAUCAUGCCAGACGAACUGAGAACAGCCAAACUCUGGUGGAAAGGUCCACCGUUCGUGAAGAAUCCCGAAAACACCUGGCCAAAGGACGUAGAACAAGUCCCUGAACAACAUCUUCCCGAGCUGAUGUCAAUCACUGCGUUGCCUGUGGUGGUUGAGAGGUUCCAGCUAUUCGACGACUGCAGCAGUUACAACACUAUGGUUCGAGUCAUCGCACUGAUCAAGCGGCUGUUCCAAAACCGCAAGCGCAGCCCAGAAGAAAAGCUCUAUGGAGAGUUCACCGACGAGGAGAAUCGGCAAGCCAUGCUGACACUCGUUCAUCUCGCCCAGUUGGAAUCCUUUCCGGAAGUAUUCGCCCAAUUGCAGAAACAGGUAACGAUAAAGAACAGCUCGCUCAUACCGCUCUCUCCCUUCGUAGACCUCAACGGUGUCCUCAGGGUCGGAGGACGCCUGGCGAAGAAGACCUGCUCGUUCGACCAGAAGUACCAGAUGAUCCUACCGCCAAGCCACCCCUUCACCACUGCCAUCAUCCGUUCGGUGCAUAAGCUCAAUAUGCACGCAGGCGCUUUAACCACUUUGUGCGCCAUCCGAAGGGAGUAUUGGAUCAUUCGUGGGAAAAAUGCCGUCAAGAAGGUCAUUCGAGAGUGUAUACGAUGCUCCAAGAACAACGCACGCCCAAUACAACAGUACAUGGGCGAUCUUCCAGUCUGUCGUUUGGAGGGAGAGUACCCGUUCUAUCGUGUUGGCAUCGAUCUCUGCGGCCCAAUCUCGAUCAAACAACGCAACAAACGAUCGACCGUCGUUCAUAAGGGCUGGAUUGUGCUUUUCAUUUGUCUCGAGACAAAGGCCAUCCAUCUCGAAAUCGUCAGUGAGCUGUCCACCGGAGCAUUUAUGGCAGCUUUUGAUCGGUUUGUCAGUCGGCGAGGCAAACCAGCAACCGUUUGGACCGAUAACGGUACAAACUUCGUCGGUACAGCGAACGUACUAGACGAAUGGAAAUCCUUCUUCGACAGUAUCGACAACCAAGACGGCAUUCGACGAGCAGGUAACGAAAUUGAGUGGCGAUUCAAUCCCUCAGAGGCUCCGCACUUCGGCGGUAUCUGGGAGGCGAACAUUCGACAGACCAAAUCCUUGCUGGUGAAACACACAGCAGGCGCAACCCUUUGUUUCGAGGAGCUAUCAACUGUAUUGGCACGUAUCGAAGCGGUGUUGAACUCUCGGCCUAUCACACCGCUAUCCGACGACCCAGAGGACUUCGAGCCAUUAACUCCGGGUCACUUUUUGAUCUUCAGACCAUUGACAGCUAUCGCCCGUCCGGAAGUCAGCGUUCGAGUCAAACAUCCAAGGUCGCGUUUCGAGCACAUCACCCAAAUCAUCCAGCACUUUUGGGAUCGCUGGAGUUCAGAGUACCUAUCGUCACUACAACUAAGUAAGAAGUCAACCUACCUUACUUCGACCGUACACAGCAAUCUGAUCGUUUCGGUGAGUGACGAACCCGCAGUCAUCGAGCACCCACCGUCAUUGGGCACCCACCAUCAUCGAGCACCCAUCGUCAUCGUUUUUGUUCGUCAUGUAUACGAAGCCGGCUAA